GAAGACCCAAGGGAAACGAAAGCAAUAUGCUGCAAGAGGAAACGUAUAAAAAAGGAUAAGAGGGAAGAAUUCCUUAGAGAUUGGUUGAAAGACGUUGGAGCUGAGGGCGAAGAGGAAUCGGAGGGUGAGGAAAAUGAAGAGGAGAUGGAAGCUGAUUUAUCGAGGAAGUUGCCCCAGAACCGGUCAAGAAAUCGCAUUAGUUCAUCUGCUCAGUGGGAGUUGUCGGACAGCUCCGAAGACAGUGAUCGUGACUCGGACCCUCUCCUGGGCGGAAUGAGAAGCAGUGACUCUGAGUUACCGUGA